UUGCGUCGACGGCGACUGAGUUGUCUCUCGGUUUUUUCGCGGUGCGGUUGUGUUUUGAGCUGCUGCGGCGGCAGCGUACGUUUUUCGACGUUUUGCCAGGCCGACUUCGAAUUUUGUUGAAACAAUUGGUCAUGUGUCAGAUAAAAUUUUCUAAACACACACGCACACACACAAGCGCCAAAAGAAGAGCCAACGAACUCGUGCAGCGACGCCCAAGAAUGGAGAAGAGCAAGGCAACAUGAAAAUUGCGGCAACAACGAACACUGAAAAUAAGUAGAGAAGAAGAAAAGACGCCGUGCCGAUGCCGCAGUCACAGCAUACAACAGUAUUUUAUUAGCGAGUGUUGUUGUCAUAUACACAUGCGCCCAAUAAACUGAACGUUCAUGUUCAUCCUGCAGGAUAUGUAAAAAACACACCAAAACACACAACUCAAAAGAGCCCUCUGACGACGCCCUACAGCGGAGAAUACAAAUUUUAAUUUAUUUUGUGAUAGUUUCUAGUUUACUUAUAAGCUUUAAAGAAACCAAACAACGAUUGCAAGCCAAAAAGAAAACCAAUAUCGAAAUAUCCAAAAAUCUCGAAACGAAACGAAUCAAACACAAGCUACAAAUUGUAAUAAUGCAUUCCACAAGCACAACGAACUACAAUAUGGCAAGACGUCAGUAUCUGGCCUUGCUGUUGAUCGGCUGCAUGGCAUAUCCGGCCUUCAUUGAGGCCUGCUCCAGCCGCACGGUGCCCAAGCCACGUCCUUCCAUAUCGUCAUCCAUGUCGGGAACCGCAUUGCCGCCCACUCAGCCCCCAGCAACCACAACGACUGUGCGCACCACAACAACGACGCCCAGGCCCAACAUAACAUUCCCCACGUACAAGUGUCCAGAGACAUUUGAUGCCUGGUACUGCCUGAACGAUGCCCAUUGCUUUGCCGUAAAGAUCGGCGAUCUUCCUGUAUACAGCUGCGAGUGCGCCAUCGGAUUCAUGGGUCAACGGUGCGAGUACAAGGAAAUCGACGGAUCCUAUCUGCCCAAGCGGCCUCGUCCCAUGCUCGAGAAGGCGAGCAUUGCCAGUGGUGCGAUGUGUGCACUGGUCUUUAUGCUAUUCGUUUGCCUCGCAUUCUACCUCCGAUUCGAACAGCGCGCUGCCAAGAAGGCCUACGAGCUGGAACAGGAGGAGGAGGAGUAUAAUGAGUACGAUCAAUGUGAUGAUCAGAAUAAAUGCGAGUGCUGCCGCAAUCGAUGCUGUGCUGCCGGCGACGAGCCUCUUGUCCAGGAACGCAAGUUGCCCUAUCACAUGCGGCUGGAGCAUGCCCUAAUGUCGUUUGCCGUACGUCGCACCACAAAACUGUGAAUGAAUUGGACACCACGGACAUUGACACGGACACGAAUAUGCCUUGGGUAACAG